AUACAACGAUCAGUUGGAAACAGAGUAAUAGUACGCAUUGCGCAAAGACUGGCGCUCACCAUGUGUUCAAAACUAAACAAAUUGGUGCUGAUGUCACCCGCACCGAGGCGCCGACAUCACCGGCUUCUCUUCUCAAACCCAUCUCGCAGCUCGCAACGAACGGUCCCGAGGCCACCGCCCAAUCCCACCCUUCUCCGGUCCCGAGCACCCCCACGCGGUCUCCCUCCGCCGUCCGCCCUCGGCUACGCCGCCUCCCACCGCCGUCCACGCGGUCCCGAACUCCCGAUGGCCUCACGCGCUCGCCGGUGACGGAUCUGGUGAUCUCCCCGAAGCUCGCCGUGGCCCCCGUGUUCGCUGCUGCCCCAAUGCAUCGCCACCGCCGCUGACGAGGGCCGUCCAAUUUCUGGUGCGCACAAACAUGGCGGAAAUUGGCACUCUGCAUCUGGUACAUGCCGGGGUCAAUCUUCUGCUGCUGCUGCUGCUGCUGCUCUUCCGCAGCCCCCACAAAGUACCCAUGCCUUUGUUCAGGCUAGGUAUAUAUUUGACUUCAGAAAAUUAUAUCUGAAUUAUUGUUAUGGCAAUUCUGCAACAAAGCACUGGCAACUUAGGGGUUUAUACAAUGAAGAGUGAAGGCUUCAAGAUGACAUGGUAUCCUAUUCCAGUCUUUUCAUAUUCCUGUGUUUAUGUUUCUGUGAUCCAAAGAGCCACUUAGAAUUGGAAAACAGAGAAAUAGCAUAUGUACACUACUACUAAAUCACAAUUAACAUGGACUUCUAAUUGCUGUAAAAAAAAAGCAAGGCCUUCUAACUCCAAGCAACCAGGCUAGCAAUCUUCAGCAAGUUCGCUUCUUGAUCUUGCAACACCAUAUCCACUCUCUGUUCUUGGCACCCUAUUCUUGGCUCAUUGGCUGCUCUCUCUUCCACCAGGCGCAUUGAAGUUAACAAACAUUGCACUCCCCGCGCAUCUAUGGCGCCGCAUGAAGGUGACCAUGGGCAACGGGAUCGAGCGAACCCACAGUCAGUCGACAUAAAUUCAUUGCAAACUACUCCCUCCGUUUCUGCACUAAAACCACGACAAGUAUUUAGGAACGGAGAGAGUAUUUCCCUAGCAGUACAUAUGUAGUGUUAUUGUCGUCCGGCAGUCAGCGACACAAGACAAAUUGUGUGUGGUGUACACCGUCAAUGGUGGUACAACGUACUGUAAAGCGGUGUCCGGACGAGAGGAUUUGAUGACGAUAAACGUGGAAUUUCAAUGAUCGAUCCUUGGUGUUUAUUAAUUCCGUAAUUCUAGAUGUAUGAUAUAUCAACGCAUCGGGAGCUAACAACAGAAAUAUAUGUUUGGUGCGCAACCACACAUUCUUGUAUCUUUAGUCAUCAAGAAUGAUCACAAUGAAUUAAUAUGAUGAUUGAGAUGGAAAGGGAACACAGUAGAGUAACCAAUGAUGCAAUGAUGUAUAUGUAUAUAUGUCCAGCAUCUUUCAGUUGAGGUUUCUUUUUGUCUCAGUUGAGUUAUUUUAUCUAAAAAGAAUAUCUCAGUGACUCGGAGCUUGGCUCGUUAGUUUUGGGCUAUAGCUAGACCCGAGCCAUUUCUCUGGCUGCACAAAGUUUAACCCUUUUCUUUCGACAAUCCUAAUCAUUUCCUUGACUUGAUCAUUAAAUCAAAUUAAGUCUUCUUAUCUGCAAAAGAAAAAGGCCUGGAACUGCAUUGAAGUUUCUGCCAAGCAACUCCAUCGAUCCGUUUAAGCUCCGGCUGCUGUUUUGCCUUGGAAAAAGAGAACUUAAUUAACCAAGUUGAUACGACAGUCUGUCGGCUCUGAGAAAAGGAAAUUUUCAUCGAAUUGUGGCUGAAUCUCGUUUUCAAGAGGUUUUGAGAUGGAUCAACUGAUGAGCCGUUCCCGUAGUUUCGCGGAAGCGAUGGUGGUGAUGAUAUGCCCGGUGCUUCUGGCGCUGGCUCUGGACAAGGUGGAGCUCAACAGCAAGCUCUACGGCCGUGUCAUCCCGGCCCUCAUGCUCGCCAUCGCCGCAGCCGCUCUCAUCACCGGCAUCUGCCCUUUGCUCGCCUGCUGUUUCUCUGAGACAGGAGUCAUCCCCAACGCCUUCUUCUUCUUCCUCGGACAACCGCGGCCGGCACCGGGUGUAGUGGCCGCUACGACGACCCUGCUGGCGGUGCCCUUUGCCUCGGGCUGCGUCCUCGUCCUCUCCUGCUGGUUCGCGCAGCUCGUCGUCGACCGAUGGAUCGCCAUUGCCGUCUGCUCCGCGGUAGCCAUCUGCGUCAUGGCUCGGACAGCGUACUACCACCACUUUGAGCGCAACUACCAUGAUCUGCAGCCCAUUGAUAACAGGAGCAGCGAAUUCUACGACAUGCUGAAUCAGUCGCAUGAGUUCCUGUGUGGUGUCACCGGGAUCUUCUUCCUUGGGCUGGAGACCUUGGCGCUGCAGGGUCACGAGGAGGUGACAAGCAAAGCUGCCGCCGGCAACGGGAGAAUGGUGACAGCUGCUGCUGUCGGUCUCGGGGCACCCAUGGGCGUUCUCAUCGUCAUCGUAUGCUCACUCGGCGUGUUCCUCAUGCUGUUCGCCAUGAUCCCCCCAGAGCCGUUCCACAAGGACGGCGAGAUCGCCGUGUUUACUCUCGCCCUAGACAGCAUCAUGGCUGCCGCGACCUUGACAGUGUUGGUGGCCAUCGUGCAUAAGCUCAUGGGCACUGUGGCCUUCUUCCUCCCUGGGCCUCUGCUGGCCUUUUUCGUCUAUUACUUGUUCCUGAUCAUGACGACGAACCCUGGCCCAGCUACCCCAGCUACUGCUGCUGCUGCUGUUGCUCCAACUACCCCUCCUCCUCCUCCUCCUGCUGCUGCUGCUGGCGGCAACGACAUCAAGCUAGCGUCACUGGAGCUGACCAGAGUCACAUUCACCGGGUUCUUGGCCGUCUCGGUGGCAGCGCUCGCCACUGGCGCCGCCAAUGACUCGCCCAGCAAGCUGGUCAUCACCAACAUGUUCUUGCUCUUUGCGGCGGGGGCCAUCGUCUUCGGGCUGUCGUGGAGGCUGCUGUCGCAGAUGCAGGUGAGGACACUUGGUCCCGGCGCCGACCUCGCUUCCUCGGUGAACCUCGCCUCCUUCUGCGCCCAUCUCUGCAUCGUGAUCGCUACGGUUCUCUUCACGGUCAUGGCCGGGAUAGGAGGAACAGCGGGGAGAAAUCGUAGUAAUCCCGGGGCGCCUGCGCCUGACAUGCACCUGCAUCAAUCGCAUGCAGUGCUGUCUUCGGCAAAGAUGUUUGCACCUGCAAAUGUCAUAACAGGUUUCACAUCUGUAAUCUUUUGUUUUUCUAGAAGAUAGGCAACUACUCACUUAAUUUACAGAAUCAAACUGUUACUCACUUGAUCUCUAUUGUACCCUCCUACUUCAGGUUUUUUCCAUCUCAGAAACACUAUAGUUUGUUUAUUUAUUUAUUUAUGAUGAACAUUCUACUACUGCCACUAUAGUUUGUUUAUUUAUUUAUGAUGAACAUUCUACUA